CAGCUAAUCCCUAACAUGUGUCCCUGCAUAUGCAGAUGUUGUACACCUUGACAAGCAGCUGCUCCCCCACUUCCCAGCUGUGCUGGACAAUGUCUGGAACGCCUCAUCGCUGUCACCACCACCCAGCAGCCAGGCCCUGGCUGGCCUCCACCUUUGGCAUCAGGGCUGGGCUUUCCCACAUUCCCCCUGUGCAGUCUAGUGCUGUCCCUUGGGCUGGUCCCCUGGGCUGGCCUCUCUCCCUGAUAUCCACAAGGCCAUUUCUGCAGGUGUCAGAGGGGCCCAGCCAGAAGCUCCCCAAACAGGGCCCUGGGAUGCCCAAGGCUGCAGCCAUCCCAGCUCCUCCCUGGGGACCCACUGCUGGUGCAGCCAGACACGGCCCAGGCCUCUCCCUGCCCACAGCCCCUCAGGACAGCUCUGUGCACCCUGCUGGGCUCUGGACUCCCACCACUGGUGGCUCUGGGGCAGAGAAGCAACAAGUUCCCUUCCGCAGUUUCUGCUGGGGCUGCUCCCCCUGCCAGGGCACCGCUGCCAGCCAUCACUGAGAUGUCACCUGCAACGUCCCCACAGCACAGGCACCACAGUGACAUGCCAGAACAUUCCAUUGGAGCCCACAGUUAGCCAUAGCCAGUUGGCUUUUGCCCACUGACUGGGAGAACGAGGUAUAGCUGUGCAGGGCGAUGGCCAAUGAGGGAAGCUUCAGUCCACCUGUGAGAAUAGAAAAGCGAGCUGAUUCCCACAGAAACACCACCCCUUUCUGCUCCAGAUGCACUGGGGCACUGGGCUGACAUGGCUGCUCCUGGCCUUCCAGCACAGGGGGAAAUUGUGCCCUGUGACACUGCCAUACAAGCGAUGGAGGAUGAGUGGGACGUGCAGAAUGGCAGUGACAGACACAAGACCAAAGGAGCAGGCAAAGACAAUCGAUUCUUGCCCCUCUGCUUUCCAGAGAAGCUUUGGAAAAUACUGGAAAGUGACCAAUUUCAGUCCAUUUGGUGGAGCGAGGGUGGAAAAUGUGUGGCCAUCAACAAAGAUCUCUUUGAAGUGGAGGUGCUGGGCAGGGGAGUUUGUCAGCGGGUUUUUAACACACAGCACAUCAGGAGUGUUAUUCGCCAGCUGAACCUCUAUGGAUUCACGAAAGUGCAGCGGGAUUUCCAAAGAUCUGCUUCUCUGCCUGAAUUCCUAUCAGAGGAAACAGCAGCUUCUGCUCACAGUCAGGAAGAUCCAUCCCUGGAGAGGCACUUCAAAGGCCACAGAGAUGCUGUCACUAGCGUGGACUUCAGUCGUGCUAAGAAACAAUUGGUAAGUGGCUCAAUGGAUUCGUGCCUGAUGAUCUGGAAUAUGAAGCCUCAGAUGAGAGCCUAUCGCUUCUUGGGCCACAAAGAUGCAGUUUUGUGUGUCCAGUUCUCACCUUCUGGUCACCUUGUGGCUUCAGGCUCUAGAGACAAAACAGUCCGUUUGUGGAUCCCUAGUGUCAAAGGAGAAUCGACUGUGUUCAAGGCUCAUACAGCAACUGUGAGAAGCGUUCAUUUCUCCAGCGAUGGCCAGUCCUUAGUUACAGCUUCUGAUGACAAAACAAUCAAAGUGUGGACGGUUCACAGGCAGAAGUUUCUGUUCUCACUGAGUCAGCACAUCAACUGGGUUCGCUGUGCCAGAUUCUCUCCUGAUGGACGAUUGAUAGUGUCAUCCAGUGAUGAUAAAACUGUCAAGCUGUGGGACAAAACCAGCAGAGAAUGCAUCCACUCCUUCUGUGAGCAUGGAGGGUUUGUGAACCACGUGGAUUUCCAUCCCAGCGGUAACUGCAUUGCCGCGGGCGGUACGGACAACACGGUGAAGCUGUGGGAUGUCAGGAUGAACAGACUGCUUCAACAUUACCAAGUGCACAACUCUGUGGUCAACAGUCUUUCCUUUCAUCCCUCUGGAAACUAUCUGGUUACUGCUUCCAGUGAUUCAACUCUUAAGAUUCUGGACUUGUUAGAAGGAAGACUUCUCUAUACUCUACAUGGUCACCAGGGUCCAGCUACCUGUGUAGCAUUUUCAAGAGAUGGAGAAUUAUUUGCUUCUGGAGGUUCUGAUGAACAGGUGAUGGUGUGGAAGACUAACUUUGAUGCUGAUUAUGGUGAUGUAGUGAAACCCCAGAAGUAUAGCAGCAGUGUGGAUGGGACCCAUGGCACUGGGUCAGAAAUGGAUUGUGGCAUUCAUAAUAAGAAAACAAAAACUCAGGAUUCUGUUAGGACCCAUGAGCAGCAAGAGGAGGAGACCAGUCUUGCAAAUACCCUGGAGCAUAUUGUGGGACAGCUGGAUGUUCUGACUCAGACAGUUUCCAUCCUGGAGCAGAGGCUGACACUCACUGAGGACAAGCUGAAGGAAUGUCUUGAGACUCAGCAGAAAAUCAUUCAGAACAAAACGAACUGAUUUCCUGAGAUCAGACAGGAGCUGAAGGAAUUGGGAGGUUUGAGGUUGUUUGUGUUCCUAACAGACCGUGUGUGACUUGCUUUAACAAUUUUGAGCACAAUCUAUUUUUCAAUUGGAAUGUAUAGUUGCUGUAUCUGUAAAUAGCUUUGUUACUUCACUAAAAUAAAAGCAAUAUUUUAUUCGUAA